AUACUUGUUAACAACGCAGCCAGCCAUCAACACUGUUGAGCAAACAAGCUCCGUUUUGGAGACUGGUGUUUGGAAUCUAACAUUAUCAUGGUCAACGUACUAAAGGGUGUUCUUGUCGAGUGUGACCCUGCCAUGAAGCAGUUCCUACUGUACCUAGAUGAGACAUCUGCCCUGGGAAAGAAGUUUAUCAUCCAGGACCUUGACGACACCCAUGUUUUCAUUCUGGCUGAGGUGGUCCACAUACUCCAGGAGAGAGUUGGGGAGCUAAUGGAUCAGAACUCCUUCCCCAUCACUCAGAAAUAAAGAAGGAAGUAGAUGCUUCAGCAAUAUAACAAAUGAUAUUCUUCACAAACAUUGAACUGUCUGUUUGGGGAUAUUUGUUCUGUGAAAUAUUUGUAUUUAUAGGUAUGAGCCUUUAUUCUGCAUGCCAGCUGUCCAUGUAUUUCCCCCCAGUUAUGUGGAGUAAUUCAAGGAAUUUAUUUUUAAAUAAGAAACGUUUAUUUGUUUUUCAUCCAAACUGGUGCAAAUAUAAGUUUAGUUAAGUGUGUUGUCUUGAUCAUGCUUUAAAAUGAGACUGGUGGUGAUUAGCCUACACUGCAAACUUGCGAAUGACCAGUGUUUAAGCCCACUUUAAUUCACCUGUUUCUAUGGUGUAUAUUCAUAACUUUUGGAUGGCUUAAAUUAGAUGUAAUAAACUUUUGUACCUGUCUCAAUUAGCUUUAAAAUGUGUUUUAUUAUACAUUUCCUUCACUCUUUUCUUGUCUAUGAUUAGGUUUCUUGGGUUUUUACGGUAAAGCCAGCCAAUUGUUAUAUUGCACAGUAAGCUUUGAAGAUGUAAUCAGUGAGGAUGGAAAUAU